AUGCCUUCUCUCUCUUCGUGGGUCCAGCUGGCCCUCGCUCCUGCCGCUGCUGCUCAAGCCUUCAAUCUGUAUGAGCAUCUAGGAAACCUUUCGCCCUACUUCACACCCGCCAACACUCCAGCUUCUUUGCUGUCUGGCAUUCCAGAAUCGUGUUCUGUCGACCGUGCCUUCUUGGUUCACAGACACGGCUCGCGUCAGCCUAUCUCGUCGGAACUCCCGACCAUCCAAAACCUAUCGUACUACCUUAAUAACAACACUGCUCUAUUCAAGAACCCCAAAGGUCAACUCCCAUCCGAGUUCUCCUUCCUUACCAGUGGCUGGUCUAGCAGUUUUACCCUCAACAACCUGUCUGCUCCUGGCCGUCAACAGUUGUUCGAUCAUGGUGUUGCCCUUCGUCUGGACUACCCUUCCCUUUACACCGAUACAGUACUAGCUGGUGAUCAAGAUCGUGUAGUUGAAAGUGCUCAAUGGUUCAUGGAUGGCUAUUAUGGCCGCUACGUCGAAGAUGUGGCUGUCCUUAACAAGAUUGCCGAGGAUAAUCUGACCAUCUCUUGGAUUACAUCGACAGAUACGUGCAAAACUUGGGAGUACAGUUCUGGCAACGACUUGGUCAGUGAAUGGGGCAAAGUCUACCUGCCCAGAGUUGCUGCUCGUAUGAACCAAGCUCUUUCGAGUGCAUACCCUGGUGCCAACUUCACAGCGCAACACGCCCAUGGAGCUCUAUGGGCAUGCGCCUAUGGAACUGCUGUUUACGGCGUAGGCCGCAGCCCAUGGUGUGGAGUCUUCAAGCCCUCAGAGAUCCUCGACUUCGAGUACGAACUUGACCUUCUCAUGAGAGGCGCUUUCGGCUACGGGCUGCCUAACAACCAAGGUCCCGUACUUGGAAGCCUGCUCGUCAGCAACGUAACCACCUUCCUGCAAGGUCCAGCUGGCCACAAUCUAUCUUUGAACUUUGCCCACGAUACAACCAUCGAUCUCGGUCUCACAGCUCUUGGUCUCGCCUCUGACGAGAGUUAUCCUGCCGAUGGUCCACCAAACCCUUCCCGAAACUGGCGAACAAGCACUCAAGUGCCCUUUGCCGCACAGAUGUUGUUCAAGCGACUGACUUGCUCAGGCAACGAGACCAGAAUUCAGCUUGAGCUUAAUGGUGCCAACUUUGAUCUCGCACCUGUGGGUUGUACUUCGGACUACUACGGCACCUGCAAGCUCGCCGACUUCGUCGCGACAAAGAAUGUGCAGACAGCAAUGAAUAUCACGGAUGGGGAUGCUACCUGGACUUCUGCAUGUUCAUGA